CUACAUUUAUCGGUGGUGGCAUUCUUCCUGUGUAUCUUAACAGCCAUUGGGAGAAAAGCUACAGAAGCACAUUCUCCAGUGCUAUCUUUGGAAUGCCUUGUAGCCUUUUUUCUCAUAUUUGCAUUCUCAUAGAUAUGCAGGACUGCAUGUGAUAGAUGGAAGUAUUUUCCAUGCACAAACCUUUCAGUGAAAACUCAGUAACACAGAUGUGAAAGGAAGGAGUGUUGUAGGUAAGCUGAAGCAGAUUAAUAUUAACUGAUAGACUCGUAUAUAGCAAAAACCUGUGAACCCUGAAAAUUUCAUAGCUUUGAUUGCCCUUUUGACCAGCGAUUGGCUCAGGAAUUUACGCUUUAUUGACGUCAGACUUCUAUUUGUAAGUCUCUUUUUUCCAUCCUUCACUGUAGGAACAAGGGGAGGACAGACGUGAGAGAGAGGAAGACAGAAGAAGAGAGGGUAUUCAGGAAGUGCAGAAAAGAGGAGCUGAAGAUGUUAGGGUGUCUGAGUGGGGCAAGGGUUCGCUGCUGGCUUACCCUGGCCUCCGGGCUGCUGGAGUGUCUGUGUUUCGCUGGGACUGUUUUUGGGUGGGCCUCCCUGAUGUUCGUCCUGAAGACCGAGGGGUACUUCAGCAACCUAUGUGUGAAUGCCACAGGAUCCAAUGGCACACACUACACAGGUGAUGUGAAGACACUCCCCUCCUCCCCCACAGACUGCAGCGGUCAGGAUGAGCGCUUCUCCUUGGUUUUCACCAUUGCCUCCUUCAUGAAUAACUUCCUGACUCUUCCCAAUGGAUUCCUCUUCGACCGCUUCGGCACUAUGGUUGCCAGGCUUCUGGGAAUAUCACUGUACACCACUGGUACCUUGCUAAUUGCCUUGUCACACCCAGAAACUUCACUCCUACUCUUCCCAGCUCUGUGCUUCAUCGCUGUGGGGGGAAUUUUGUUACUGGUCACCAACAUGCAGGUGGGGAACCUCUUCGGCACACACCGUUCCACUAUCAUCACUCUCUACAAUGGAGCAUUUGACUCAUCCUCCAUCGUCUUCCUCAUCGUCAAGGUGCUGUCGGAGGGAGGGAUCUCUCUCCACUAUUCUUUCUUCUUCCUGUCGACUUGCAGCGUGAUCCACCUGAUGCGGACCUUUAUCCUCAUGCCAAAGAAGCACAUCCCUUACCCACUACCUGAGGGUUACACAUACGGCCUGCUCUCACACAGGUAUUCAGCUCCUCCUGGUUUAUGUGGCAGGAUGACAUGUGGGCAUGCCAGGCCUCGCAUUGUGGAUCAGGCCAGGAAAGAAGAAAACAAAGGACCAUUGCAAGGAGAGGGAGGGACAGAGACUAUGACUUUCCAACUGAUGAGCAACAAGCAGACCCCACAGACAGUUAGUUUCAGACAAAGCGUACUCUCUUGGUUCUUCCUGUGGCACCUGGUGUGGCUGUCGGUCAUGCAGUUGAGGCACUACCUGUUCAUCGGGACCCUGAACCCCAUGUUGAACCGCCUGACUGCAGGAGACCCAGUCCUGGUGAGCCGCUACACCAAUGCCUUUGCCAUCACUCAGCUGUGUGGAGUCCUGUGCGCCCCCUGGAAUGGUCUGAUCAUGGACAGGCACAAAGGCAGGAAACGUGCUCCAGGGGAGACAGAGGAGGAGGCGGACCUGCGCUCAGCAGUGCUCUCCCUCUUCCUGACCGCGUUGCAGUGCCUCCUGUUCUCCAUCUGCGCCACGACACCUGUGCUCUCACUGCAGUACCUGUCCUUCGCCCUGCAGGUGCUCAACCGCUCCUUCCUCUAUGGAGGGAAUGCCGCCUUCAUCAGCAUUGCAUUUCCAACCAGUCACUUUGGGAAGCUCUAUGGGCUGAUGAUGGCUUUGUCGGCUGUGGUUUCGCUCUUGCAAUACCCCUGUUUCUCUCUGGUGAAAGGGGUGUUCGAUGGAGACCCCUUAUACAUAAACGUGGCCCUGACCCUCCUCAGCCUGUGUGCCUUCAUCCACCCUCUCUACGUCUGCAUACACUGCCGCAGGCUGGCCAGUCAGAGGAGGUCCUCUACCAAGCAGCUGGCCAAUGGUGGCAGCUCCUCCUCCAUCAACAGGGAAGCACUCCAGGAUGCAGUGGACUCCUCUUAGAUACCUCCAAAAAAGGGAAAGUUGCGGGGCAGGACAGGGUAGAUGGGAUGUUCCUGGGUGGGAUGGGGUGGUGGGGGUUUAUGAUACAUUGUUGUGGUUUGUCAGGAUGGGAGCAUCCUCCCCAGGUCUCCAUGGCAUCUCUGUUUGCUGCUCACCUUGAAUUGAACUUGCUUCAUUCCAUGGACUCUAUCUGAGCAGUAUUUACAAACAGGGGUGCAGUUGUCCUCCACGUUUUCCUGCUUUACCGCCUGUUUUACUGCCCAUAUAAUUGUACCUGCAUUUAUAUUCUCAACUUCAUUAUUUUCUAGCAGCCUGACAAAUGUUUUUAAUAUGAUUGACUCUAUGAUUUGUUUGCAUUGGCUUUGGCAUUGACUCUAAACCUGCCUAAAGAUUGGCUUCUCAGUCUUUGCACUGGUCGCUUUGGUCAUGCCUUUCAAUAAUAGAUUUAGGCAUUUUGUUAAAAGUCAAAGUUACGCACAACUGAUGGACACACAAGUAAAUUGACUUGUAUUUGCGGUUGACAUUUUAAGACCAAACUGGUUUGACAAAGGACUGAACUGAGCCUAGCGAACCAAGGGAAAACCACACUGGUGUUCGCGUUGAAGAAACCUUCACAGUGACCUAGCGACAUAAGGGAAGAAGACCGUAUUUCAGGCAGAAGAGCUGUUUCCUUCUGUGUUCAUAUUUUGAGCCCCUCAGUAGCCCUUCACUCGGUAUAUGUUCAUAUUUUGGGGCCCCUCAGUAGCCCCUUAUUCUAGGUUAAUAUAUGGAGCCCCUCAGUGACACCUCACUCAGUCUAUGCUCAUAUGGGGCUCCUCAGUGCCCCCUCACUCAGUCUAUGUUCAUAUAUGAGGCCCCUCAGAGGCCCCUCACAGAAACACAACAGAAAGAGUUUAACCCACCAGCCCCUCUACUACUCAGCUAACAACUGUAUCAGCAGUUGUCUUUAGGCAUUUAACAUAUGCCCAUGCAGAGCAGCUUAUGUAGGUACAAUCACAAAGGUUUAGACAACAAACAGUGCUGACGCUAAGGUAUCAGGGUGCAAUACCAAUGAAUGCCAGUAAGACACAUUACUGGGAACAGUUAUACCUGUAACAUACAGUACUGGGGACAUUCAGGUACUGUCACCCUACUGUUUAAGCUGAAACAUUUCAACGUUAUGCAUCCAAAUGUUUUAAAGAGACCAAGUAUUAUUCUGUAACAGUUGGACAUUUCUUUACUGCAAUACAUAACCUGAAACUCUUGUUUCUUAACUCAAGGAGGUUCCAUUUGUUGCACGACCUGAAAAUCUUGUUGGCAAACAGAACCUCCUACAGUUAAGAAACAGAGUGUGGAAAGAAAAGAGGUGCUGAAUAUGUAAUAAUUCUAAUAAUUCUCUGUGAUUAAGACCAGUAACAUAUGCAGUACUGUGGAUAUGUUUUUACAUUACACCAAAGGUUAUUUAAAAAAAGUUUCAUUCUGCUGCCUCAAUUGAUAUAAAUGGAGAACAGCUCAUUUAUACUCCUGUCUCCACUGUCCGUGAAAUAUGUGAAAUAUACUUAAAAGAUGUGUUAGCUACAAUUGGUCCUAAUUUAGUCUACAUGAUAAACAGUUCACAUAUGAUGGGGUAUGCUUCUACUUAUUUUAAAUGUGCAGCCACUCCUAAAGAAACUAAGGCUAGACACUUCAGUGCUUAAUAAAUAUAGACCUAUUUUAAAGUUACCUUUCAUCUACAAGACCUUGGAAAAAGUGGUCUCCAAACACCUUUGAUCUGCAAUGAAUAGGAAUGAUAUAUAUGAUAUGAAAUUCCAGUCUGGCUUCAGAUCUCAUCAUAGUGCAGAGACAGCCCUUAUAAAGGUAAUUAAUGGAUCCCCUUCAAAAUUCUGAUUCUGGUGACUGCUCCAUUCUUGUCCUAUUAGAUCUAAGUGUGGCAUUUAAUACUCUUGAUAAUUCUACUUUAAUUGGCAGGCUAAAAAACUGGGUUGGCAUCUCUGGGAUGACAGAACUGGUUUUAUUCUUAUUUGUCAAACAGAAAAUGUUCUGUUUCUAUAGGUAAUAUUGUAUCAUUAUUAGCAAUGAUAAAUUGUGGUGUUCCUCAGGUAUUUAUCCUUGGGCUAAUUCUGUUUUCCAUAUAUGUUACCACUUGGCCAGAUUAUUUGUAAACACAGCAUAUCCUAUUACUUUUAUGCUGAUGAUACUCAAGAAAUUUUGGUGUGAUCUUGGUGUGAUCUGCAUAUGAACAAGCUAAUUCAGACAUGUUUCUAUCGGUUAAUGAAUAUACCCAAAAUUAGAACAAUCUUAUCAUUUGAGGAUACUGAGAAAGUCAUACAUGCUGUUGUAUCAUUACAUUUGGAUUAUUGUAAUUGCUUAUAUACCUAAACCAUGAAGUUAUAUUACACUCACAUAUUACCCCAAUUUUAGUUUCCUUACCCUGGUUAGUGCAUUUAGGGUUAAUCUUUAUUUUUGAUGUAUUGCUGAUUGUUUGUAAAACAAAAGCACCUUUUGGUUUUUGCUUGUAAGGUACUAAAAAAACAAAAAAACAAACGUGUUUAAACAAUA